AUGAUAAAUUAUCGAGAAAGUAAUUCUUGGUUAUUUUGGGUGAUCAAAUUAACAAAUAAGCCAGGUUAUGGCUGGCCGGAUAUUUUUCAUUGGAGAAAUGCCGUAUUUGUAACAAUUUUUCCAGUAGUUGCUAGUUCUACAAUAUUCACUUCUAUUAUAUGUAUCCUUUACAUUGUUUAUGACAUUGAUUUGACACUUCCAGAAAUUAUAAGUAAGUAUAAAUUGGUUGAUUAG